AGCCCGCCUGCGGGGGACGAGCGGCCGGGAGGCUGAGGAGCGCAGGCAGCGGAGCCGGGGAGGAGGAGGAGGGCAGCGCCAUGACUCAUUUGCAGGCAGGUCUCUCCCCGGAGACUCUGGAGAAAGCCCGGCUGGAGCUGAACGAGAACCCCGACACCUUGCACCAGGACAUCCAGGAGGUGCGGGACAUGGUCAUCACCCGGCCGGACAUCGGCUUCCUCCGCACCGACGACGCCUUCAUCCUGCGGUUUCUGCGGGCCAGGAAGUUUCAGCACUUCGAGGCGUUUCGCCUCCUGGCCCAAUACUUUGAAUAUCGCCAGCAGAACCUGGACAUGUUUAAGAGCUUCAAGGCCACAGACCCGGGCAUCAAGCAAGCGCUGAAGGAUGGUUUCCCCGGCGGGCUGGCCAACCUGGACCACUACGGCAGGAAGAUCCUCGUCCUUUUCGCUGCCAACUGGGACCAGAGCAGGUACACGCUGGUGGAUAUUCUGCGUGCCAUACUUCUUUCUUUAGAAGCCAUGAUAGAAGACCCUGAGCUGCAAGUGAAUGGAUUUGUUUUGAUUAUAGACUGGAGCAACUUCACCUUCAAGCAGGCCUCCAAGCUCACACCAAGCAUGCUUAGAUUAGCCAUAGAGGGCCUUCAGGACAGCUUUCCAGCUCGGUUUGGAGGAAUACAUUUCGUCAAUCAGCCGUGGUAUAUCCAUGCCCUCUACACAGUUAUCCGGCCCUUUCUGAAGGAGAAGACACGAAAAAGGAUAUUCCUGCAUGGUAACAACCUCAACAGCCUGCAUCAGCUCAUACACCCUGAGAUCCUGCCUUCAGAGUUUGGGGGAAUGUUGCCCCCCUAUGACAUGGGCACGUGGGCACGAACACUGCUCGACCAUGAGUACGAUGAUGACAGUGAAUGCAAUGCAGACUCCUACAACACUCCUGCAAAGGACAUAGAAAAGGACCUCUCUCCCAAGUCCAUGAAAAGGUCUCAGUCAGUUGUGGAUCCUGGGGUGCUGAAACGCAUGGAUAAGAAUGAGGAAGAAAACAUGCAGCCCUUGCUUUCACUUGACUAACAGUUUUUGAGCAUUGGACAUGAACUGAGGUGGAAGGCACUGCCUCUCAGCAACAAGAAAAUCACUGGGAAAGAGUGUAACAGCUGGAACCCUAUUUACUCAUGUUAAUGUAGCAUAUUGGCAGCAGGUGUUACUAUUCUGCCUGAAUUCUGGAAGCCCUUUGGUGAAAAAGAAGUGGAGAAAAAAAGAAAAUAAAAUAAAAUAAUAAAAAAAAAGGAAUCAAUAAUUUAUUCUGUAAGUGCCAACUUGUUGUAAAUACAAUAUAAUCCUCCAAUUUUACUUUGUAAGUUAUGAUAAACAAGUGCUAUGGAAAUGAGUGACUAUUAAAUAUGUCAGUGAAGUGCACCAUAAAAAAGAGAAGAAAACGUGUGUGUUCUCACAUGCGCACACACAUGCACGGAGAGAAACAUACUGAGCAAAGAAAAACAUCAAAGGCAAUUAAGAGUUGUCCUUCCCAUGGGAAGCCAGCUAGUAUAUUGACUACUGGAUUUCUUUCUGCAGUGAUCACAUAGUGUGCUAAGAUAAAGAGGGACUAUAAGUGCUUGGGAGAUGCUGAAAUCAGUGCAAUGUUUCCUAACUGUGGGAAUUGGUUUCUCAAAUAACACUGGGGUCUAGGAUUGGUAUUUAGCAUAAACAAUGUGCAUUGUGAGAAGGAUCACAGGUGAACUGGAACCAACUCUUGGAUAGCUUUGUCAUUUAGCUGUAUGGGUCUCUGAGGUUUCAUCCCUAGCUUUUCAUUUACACAAGUAACCUGGAUGGUACCCUAAUCUGGGUGUUGUCAUGUGGGACACAUUGGAGUUACUUCUCUUGCAUUUUGGGUGCACAUCAAGGAUCUUUCCAGAACUCUAUUCUCCCUUGGAGUGAGACAUUAGUCCUCUAACUACAGUGGAAUAACCAGUACCUGAAAUUAAAGCCUGGCAGCAGAGGUUAGUCACUGAAUCCUGUGCACUGGGAGACUGGAUACAUAUAUAUAUAUUUUUACCAAUCUCUGACAAGCAUACAAGGUGACAUUGUUAGAUAAGUAUAUUUCAUUGACAGUUUAUACAAGAAAUCAUACCUAUUCAAUGUACUUAGAUAUAUUAUAGAUUGUAUAUUGAGACACUGUCAUUAUUAAUAUAGUAGAACUUUCCAUAGAUCAACAGCAUCCCACUCCAAGCCAAGAUUAAUAUGAAUAAGUUUUAGUCAAACAUCUCAGCCUAUAGUUUGGGACACCUUUGUUUUUGUUGUAGUGUAACUGUAUAUACUGAACAUGUGCCAUAAUAGAGAAAUACAUUUUACCUCAAAAGGGCAACAGUUUUCACUAGGGAUGGGGUAAAUCUGCUGAAACAUAGGGGCUGUGUCAUCUCUGUGUGCUGGCUGAUGUGUGUGCAGCCAGUGGCGUGCUGAGGUGAGAAUGUAAUUUCUUAUUAGGACUUAGAUUGACAGUCAGAGCGGGAAGACACACAGGGUGCCCAGCAAGACAUCUGAAUAACUAAAGGCAUUGUAAGAGCAUGUUCAGGCAGUGCAGGGAUUAGUUAUGAAAACACUGACCACACUGGAGGUGAUAGUUCACAGCAACCCUCCCUCCCCAGUGCUAGAGUUUAAAACAUUUCUUCCAUCACUCCAGUGAUAGGUGAAGUUUCCAAGUUACUGAUUGCAGGUCACCUUUUCUCAUCCAGGAUGAUUACAGCUGUAAGAAUUGGUAGGCUGAGAUGGGUUAAGAGCAGAGAGUGAGAACUUGAAAGUCUGUCGUCUCGAGUUGAGCUGUAACUCCUGUGGUGGCAGCUCCAGCGUUUCUCAGGGCUGGGACGACCCUGACUCUUCCAGCAUCACCCUUGAUUAGCCCAGGCCAAUCACAGAUAAAGCUUUCCUACUUCACAGGUCAUUAGCAGCACUGAUAAAUAGUGCAUGCCCUAAUAUGCCAUCAGCCUGCAUGAACUUAUCUGAACAACUCAUUGCCUUUCUGCUUUCCUAAUUCUGUUUUCAUGGUAUGUGUUAGGAAAUGCAGAGAGGAAAGAUAUGGAGCCUGAACUUCUUAUCAGUCUGUUCUAAAAGUUGUCAGUAGUAAAACUGUCCUAAUACUACUUCUGUGGUUUGAGAGACUUGAAAAAAUGAUCAGUUCUUAUGUACUCUUUUAUUCAGUUUCAUUUUUCACAUUCCUUGUAAAAUCAUGCUGUAAAAGUGAGAUGUGUCUCCAGUAUUCGCAUAAGUGCCAUUUUUGAAUGUAUGUUAUAUAUUUCCACACUUCUGGUUAGUAGAAUAGUAUAUUGCCAUGGUUAUGAUUUAAAAAUUCUUAUCAGAUAAAACUAAAACAUCAGUAGAAAUGUUUUCCUUAUAAGGGCUUCAGGAUUUAGUCAGUACUCCACAUUUAUACAAGCUGUGACACAGGGUGAUCAAAAUCUUCACGGAUCCUUUUACAUACAUGGGCCGGACUAGUGUAAGACAGCAGAAUGCUGAUUUCAGAGUACACCACCUGUGUAAUCACAAAAUGCAAAUCUGUUCCACUGUAUGAAGCUUGAAAUUUGUUUUGAAGCUUAUAAAUUUUUGUUUGAAAAUCCUUUAUUUGUGCACUUAACUGUAAUUUAUUUAAUAUUUUCUGAUGUCUGAUUUCAAUUUCAGGUAAUGAGUAUGAAUACAUUUUUUCCAGAAAGUGAAAGUAGGAUAUAUUAUAAUUUUGUGUAACUGGGACUUCAUCUUUCAGUAAGAACAAAAUUGCUUUUUCAAUAAGAUCCUCUCUCUUGAAGAGUUGGGCUACAGGUCAUCUUGCCUGCAGCUUUUAUUUCACUGAAUCAAAUUCUGACAGUGGUAAUUGCGAUUGUGACGUUGAAAAAGAAUAUGGAAAUGGGUAAAAGAAAUAAAUAUAUUUUACCUGCUCUCACUAUUCUUUGGAGGCAUUUCUCUUUUAUGUAUCAGGGUACAUAAAGGUUCCACCUUUCUUGUAGAAAAUCUUUAUAGGUAGUUCAAUUUUUAUUAGAUGAAUUUGGACUGAAAACUUUUUUCAAUCUUUAUUAUCAUAGGAAUUGCUGUCUAAUUUUUAUAGCAGAAUUGAAGUGCUAAAACCAGAAUGCACAUGCUUGGGAGGAACUCCUCUUAAUUUCUUACCUUUCUUGUGUAUUGGGUAGAAUAAAAACUUGUUGUAAUUAUGCAUGCUGAUAUGCAUAUAAAAAUAUCCUGCAAUAUUAGGAACUUAGUGGAGAAACUGGAUAUACCUGUCCAACUAUGUAAAAAAAAAAAAAAAGGAGAAUUAAAAAAAAAAAGUGUAAAAAUUGAUAGCUUUGGGCUUUUGAUAAGAUCUAAAAAUAUCCUCUUACAUAAUGACUUUUCCAAGACACAAAUGUUUAAAAAUAUAUGGAAAAAUUAUGGAAACUUCCAUGACCAAAACCUACUUGUAAUUGGAGAUGUCAAUAGACUCUUGGCUUUAUAGAGACAGGUAAUCAGACCCACUAAGCUCCAACAAAUACACAGACUCCCUCCCAAUAGUUAUGAGUUGUAAAAUAGUUUGAGAUGUCUUUACAGAAAUGUAAAUUUGCUGUAUAGCAUAUUUAAGAAGAUGUUUUGCACUCUAUAAACAUGCUAUGCCUAGUCACAAACUGAAAACAGAAUUAAAGACAAGAAGAAUAAAAGGGACCUCAAGAGGUCACUGAUAUGUGGAGGAGCAGGUUCACUUUAAUGUCGCUCUCAAAUGUUUUAACUCAGUACCUUGCAUGGAAUGCUCUUUGUAUUAUUUAAUCACAGUCACAGCCAAGCCUAAGCACAUUAACUGACAAAAUUGUAACCUGACAGUAUUUUGUUCAUGUCUUUUUAUUAUUUUCCUGUUCUGUUUGGGAAAUUAAAGUUUGUCAAGCAUCAUAAGAACUACCAUUUAGCAUUACUUGGAAAACACUUUGCAAUAAGCUUUGGUCAUAUCCCUGUUAUUAUAUUGUUUCUGUUAUGUUUAUUGAUGUAUGUAUUUGUCAAGUUUUUUGAUUAAGUCAUGUUUGAAAGAGCAUGCAAGAG